AUGGCUGCUCUGUUCCUGCGUCGCUCCGUGACGUCUCUAGCAACCUCGUUACCCUCACGACCUCUUCUACGUAUUGAAUCUUUCUCCACCUUCAACAGUGAUAUUGUAGUCGAUACAAAAUCAUUAACUGAUACGCUUCGUGACCUUCGAGCCAGUGAACAUUUUGACCUUAUCGUAAUUGGUAGUGGACCUGCAGGUCAGAAAUGCGCCAUUGAUAGCGCUAAACACGGCAAUUCUGUAGCUAUAAUUGACAAACGUGACAUGACGGGUGGUGUCUGUGUGCACACGGGUACAAUACCCUCCAAGACAUUCCGCGAGGCAGCACUUCACCUAACGGGAUAUCGUCACAAGGCUUUUUACAAUGGUCAAGCAGGACCUAGUAAACGAUUUGGAGUCAUGGACAUUUUGCAGCGUGUGAAAAAGGUCGAAGAUGCUGAGACGGACAUUACACGUCAUCAGUUGAUGCGUAAUGGAGUGCAGCUGAUUAAUGGUACGGCGAGAUUUAUGCCUGGUAAUAACCAUAUGGUCGCAGUGCUGUCAAAUGAAUCGUACGAGACUGCUACGGACGCUAAUCGACAUUCUAGUGCUGACAUUUGCAAGCGUGUGUUGACUGCUGACAACUUUUUGGUGUGCGUGGGCACAAGACCGGCCCGUCGCCCGGGCAUCCCGUUCGAUGGAGAGACCAUCUUUGAUAGCGACCAAUUGUUGUGGGGGAAGGUGAAGUCGGUGCCACGUCGUUUGAUCGUUGUUGGUGCUGGUGUUGUGGGGAUGGAAUAUGCGUCCAUGAUGACGAUCAUUCCCGGCACGGACGUGACGGUGAUCGACGGGCGCAAGGAGAUUCUUGACGUGGCAGACAAGGAAGUUUCUGAGGCGCUGUGUUACUCUAUGGCUCAGACAGGAACCCGGUUCCUUGUUAAUGAGAUAAUUAAGAGUGUAGAGAAGUCUGUUAAUGGCGAAGUCAUCGUGCACCUCGAAAGUGGCAAGACUGUUGUCGGUGACGGUCUGCUGUACACGGUUGGACGUCAGGGAAAUGUGGAAGGCUUGAACUUGGAGGCGGUAGGCAUUGUCCCGGACAAACGUGGACGCAUUAAAGUCGACAACAAUUUCCAGACUGAGGUGCCUCAUAUUUAUGCAGCAGGUGACAUCAUUGGUUUCCCGGGGCUUGCAUCGACGUCAAUGGAACAAGGACGUCUUGCUUCUGUCCACAUGCGCACCUCCAAGUCUUUUUACACCAAGAAGAUCUCGGACGACAAGAUGAUGGACGACCCGGACCGCGUGCGCACUCGUAUGCGCUCAGGUGAAGUAUUUCCAUUUGGCAUUUACACUGUGCCAGAAAUUUCCAUGGUGGGCAAGAACGAGCAGCAACUAACGAAGGAAAAGGUUCCGUACGAGGUUGGUGUGGCUCGUUACGAAGAGCUGGCGAAGGGACAGAUGCUUGGAGGUGUGCCUGGUUUUCUCAAAAUUAUUUUUUGCCCAGCGACCCUCGAGAUUUUUGGCGUUCACGCUAUAGGUGAGGGUGCUACGGAAAUUAUCCACAUUGGACAGGUAGUUAUGUCCACUGGCGGUACCGUUGAGUAUUUCCGCAAUGCUGUGUUCAACUACCCGACGCUGGCGGAAGCCUACCGCGUGGCAGCAAUUAAUGGUCUUAGUAAGAUCGAUCGCUUGAGCUGGUCUUAA